AUGGUUCCUUUUCUUCUUUUUCCUUAUUUUAGAUGGUCUGCAAUUGCAGCCAAAUUGCCUGGAAGAACAGACAAUGACAUAAAAAAUUACUGGAACUCCAAUUUAAGGAAACGCUUGAGGAACACAGCAUCCGCAACAAAAUUGGAUGGGCUUCAAACUUCCGGAGGACAGCUGAAGAAGCAUCUUUCCGAAGGCACAGUUCCAAAGGAAAUUCCGAAAUCAUCAAGUUCCAACAUGGCCAACAAAACUGAUAUAAACCAGGAUGUAGCUCAUCAGAACAUUACUGCUGGGUUAUCUAAAGUUUCUCUAGACUUCAAGAGCUUACAAGGGCAAUCAUUUUCGAUGGAAGGCUUGCACAUAAGGGAGGAUAAUGGGAAAAUUCUCCACCCUUUUGCUUCUGAUGAUGACUUGCUCGGCUUUUUUCCUCCUAUGCAGAAUAUUGAUUUUUCUGGAGAGCUCCAAUAUCUGACUUGGCAUGAAGAACCUGUUUAUUCAUAUAAUUAUCAGGAUAAUUUAUUUGAAUAUCCUACUUUGUGGUAUGAUGAAUAUCGGGUUAUCGAGGAGAAUAAUAAUAAUGAGUUAUCUGAAUUAUCUGGAGAAGUAUUCCAAAGUUUGUGGGAGCAGCAGUCAUGCCCAAUAAUGGAAGACUUGUAUACUGCAAAAGAUGAGAGUGAGCGUGAAGGUGCUGGUCAUCCAUUUGAAGAUUUUUCUGCCUGUUACGAUAGCAAUCAGCUGAGUUCUGGAGAAAUUCAAUUCCUGUGGGAUUAUCCAUUUUUUUUGUAA